CGGUGGGACGCCGACGCGACGACCGCCGACGCGACGACCGACGACGCGCGCGCGCGCGGGCGACGACGACGCGCGCGGGACGAUCGAGCGCGGGACGACGGUCGGGAAAGACCUCUCGACGUUCGCGAAGAAGACGGCGACGACGUUCGCGCCGAGACAGAGCGGUGCGGUGAAGAAGAAUCCGGCGUACAAGGGGAGCGCGCUGUACGCGAUCUUCGAGGCGCAGGCGUACGCGGCGGUCGCGGUGGGUGGUUUGUUGGCGUUUAACGUGAUAUAUCCGAGCGAUGAACCGUCGAUCGCGCGAUUGAUGGGGAUGUGGAGCGUGUGGAUGUUCACCGUGCCGAGUUUGCGAGCGAGGGAUUGCUCGGCGAGGGAGAAGGACGCGUUGAACCUGCUCUUCGUCGCCAUUCCGUUGGUAAACGUGAUCAUUCCCUUCUUCUGGAAGUCGUUCGCGGGGGUGUUCACCGCGGAUGUGGCGCUCAUGGUGGCGGUGUACGCGCAGAAGGGGAUGUUCUCGGACGAGGCGAAGGCGGAGGACGCGGCGCUCUCGGCGGCGGCGGCGGCGCCCGCCGUCGACGAAUCCGCCGAGUGA